GGCGGCAGCGGCAGCCCCAAGGCGGGGGGUGGCCCCGGGGUGCGCACCGCCUUCACCGAGCUCCCCGAGCAAGUGCCCGACGCCAUCUCCAACAAGAAGCGGUGCGUGAAGGUGCUGAAGCAGGAGCUGGGCGGGCUGGGCAUCAGCAUCAAGGGGGGCAAGGAGAACAAGAUGCCCAUCCUCAUCAGCAAGAUCUUCAAGGGGCUGGCGGCCGACCAGACCCAGGCCCUCUACGUGGGCGAUGCCAUCCUGGCCGUGAACGGGACGGACCUGCGGGACGCCACCCACGACGAGGCGGUGCAGGCGCUCAAGCGGGCGGGCAAGGAGGUGCUGCUGGAAGUGAAGUACAUGCGAGAAGCAACCCCGUAUGUGAAGAAAGGUUCUCCAGUUUCAGAAAUUGGGUGGGAAACUCCUCCACCUGAAUCUCCUCGGUUGGGAGGUGUAUCUUCUGACCCACUGUCGCAGCUUUCUCUCUCCAUCCACAGAGACAGAAAAACAAUUCCACUCAAAAUGUGCUAUGUUACACGCAACAUGGCUGUGUCAGAUCCAGAAAACAGGCUUCUUGAAGUCCAUUCACCUGAUGCCAAGCACACCGUGGUUCUAAGGAGUAAGGAUUCAGCCACAGCCCAAGCUUGGUUCAAUGCGAUCCACUCCAGUGUUAGUGAUCUUAUUCCCAGGGUGAUUGCAGAGGUGAAAGAUCAACUGGGUAAAACUGGGAUUGCUGGAAGUCGCGAGAUUAGGCAUCUAGGCUGGCUUGCAGAAAAGGUGCCAGGAGAGAAUGAGAAGCACUGGAAGCCAGCACUGGUUGUACUGACCGAGAAGGACCUUUUAAUGUAUGACAGCAUGCCGCGAAUGAAAGAAGCUUGGUUCAGCCCUCUCCAUACUUACCCUCUGCUAGCAACCAGGUUGGUCCAUUCAGGUCCAACUAAGGGAUCCCCACAAUCUGGGGUGGAUUUGUCUUUUGCAACGCGCACCGGUACACGGCAAGGGAUCGAAACGCAUCUCUUCAGGACAGAGACUAGCAGAGAUCUCUCCCUGUGGACAAGGAACAUAGUGCAGGGCUGCCAUAACUCAGCUGAACUCAUCACGGAAAUCAAAACCUCUUGUACCUACAAAAACCAGGAGUGCCGUUUGACCAUCCAUUACGAACAUGGAUUCUCUCUCACAGUUGAACCACGAGAUGGUGCCUUGUCCAAAACAAUUGUACAGUGUCCCUAUGAAAAACUAAAAAUGUCUUCAGACGAUGGCAUUAGGAUGCUUUAUUUAGACUUCGGAGGCAAAGAUGGAGAAUUUCAACUGGACCUUCAUUCUUGUCCAAAGCCAAUUGUGUUCAUCAUUCAUUCAUUCCUUUCAGCUAAGAUUACGAGACUUGGUUUGGUGGCGUAAGUUACAUCUGUUUCCUAAAAGAAAAAUGAAGCUGUCACGCUAAUCUGAAGUACAAUCAAUAGAAGACAUCUAUAGCUGCUAGCAGUGUACAAAAGAUUGGAGUUCAAUGCAGGGGCUUCGGCUCUGGUGAGUCUCCAAAGCCCCGCCUUCGUUUUGAUCAACUACAAAGGAGGCAUACUCCAAAAAAGACCAACUGAUUUCAGAUUCAGAACAGUUAUUGAAAUCACUAUCAGUUGCAGGAGACAACAACAUAGCUCAUUGUACAUAGUGGCAAAAAUGGAAUUUUACAAUGUUAGUAAUUUAAAACCGCAUACUAUACAGUGGAAAUGAAUAUAGUACUGUAUGUGUUGACAUUUCAAAAUCAUAAAAUCGUGCCUAUUUUAAUGUGUUUGUUUAUAUAGAGUAAGUAAGGGCUAAGCAGAUGCAAGACCGGGCACUAAUCAGUUGUGAUUCAGAAUAAGGCUUGAUUUUUUUUCUUAAAUUUUUUUAGUACUAUGUGAAGUGGAUACUUUUCCAUUAAGAGACCCCACCUAAGAAAAAAAAUCAACAACAUAUUUUAUCCCAAUUUAAUUUAAAUGACAUGCUCUCCCAUGAGAGGGAGCUCCAGGUAUGUUGUAUGUGCCUGUUCUCUGGUAGGAUGUUCUAAAGCAGGAGUUAUCAACCUUCCUUCUGUUUGAGGCCAUCCCACCAAACAUGCAAUUAAAACUCCCCAGCCUUCCUGUGCUCCAACAACUGCUUCUCUCCUUUCUAGUAGAUUUCCUUUCUAACGCCAGGGCCAGCGUUAGAGGUAGCAAUCAGGGCAUUGCCCAGGGCCUCACGGGACAAGGGACCCCUUAAAGCUAAGUUGCUUGGCUUUCAAUGAGCCUGACACUAAGCCUGCUCUCUGGUUUAUUUUGGCGGACCCCGGUUGAGAAAUGCUUCUGUAAAGCAGCAAAAAAGUCCUUAGUGAACAGCCCAGCACCCACAUUAGAGCGUUGAGGGGUAUUUUCAAAUGGCCUGUCUUUAAUGAGCAUUUGUGCACGUUCCUGUAGACAUCAAAACAGCAACAG